GCCAAAGCCCUGUUGUUCAGAGGUCAGAUCCUUUUCAGGUGUAGACUGGCUCCUGACCACUGCAAAAAGGUCAGUCAGUCUUUUGUAAGUAGUCGCACGGCUUCUCAAAAAGGUGUCCCAGUGUUUCAGAGAGUUUUUCCCUGUUGACUUGACUUGGGCUGAGGUCUGAUCCUCCUCAUGAAGCUUUGCCUACCUCAGGAGGCCUAAACGCAGACACACGAACAACAUUUGCAGCUUCAUCUUCCUCCUGAUAAAGGGCUGGAUGGUAUCGUCUGGAAAAACAAGAAAUCCAUUAUCACAAGAGAUAUGAAUCUGAAAAAAACAAAACAGCUUGGACCAGUGGCAGCGACUGAGCCAUUUUCCAAACACAUCUGCUUCAGGACAAGAGGCUUUGACUCACACUUUCUCCAUUUAGCUACAGCGUAUGAUUAAAUUAAAGCACUCUGGAGCUGUAAUAACAUGAACAUGGGCUUCUUGGUUUUCUCAGUCUCAAAAUGGCCACUUCAGAGACAAAGGACAACAGCUCUGAAAUGUGACUGCGCCAUUACAGGGUGAGGCUCUUCUGAACGCGCUGUGGCUCUGGCUCUGUGGCUCUGUGGCUCUGUAUGUGCGGGACACGGUCUGUGGGGAUGUUUUGAUUCAAGAUCUGCUGAUUUACGAAGAGAUAAUCGCAUAAACUGCUGUGGAGAGUCGACUCUGGGUUCAGUGGACUCGCUCAGUUUCGCCUGGCAACUGCUCCCGGAGAAGCCCGCGCUCUGGCCGGUUGCCAUGACAGCCGCGCUGCCAAAUAAGGUCAUGAGGAAACUCGAGAGCACGCGCCUCUGUGAUUAGCCCGGGAGAAAAUAACAGCGCGAGGCUCGUUCAAACAUGGCGGCGCUGCUGUUGUUAUUUUAGGCUUCAACAUGACGUGACUUUAAACAGAAAACCCUCAUGUGUGACUUUAACUCGCUGUUGCCAAACGGAGGCGCAUUCCUCGUGGUUCAGGAGUCUUUAUAUCGACCCCGUGGGCGGUUGGUCGACUCUGAACAGUCCGGUUGUGUCAGAUGCCCUGUCAGAUGCUCAGUCCACGGCAGCGCGCUCACGGUGACCAUCGGGAGCGCGCAUUCCUGUGUGCAGGUCACGAGCGUCACGAGGCUUUGAGCCGCGCGCAGCCCCCACUCGAGAGCCGAGAGCCGUCAUGGCAACAGUGCUCACGUUUAGUACAAGAGAAAGCGUCAUACUGGAGCUUUACGCUUGAUUUGACUCAUUUUCACUGUGUUAUUUACAGUCAAAACCACGUGUCCACCGCGGGAAACAGCGAGAAACACCAGGAAAUCUGCUGCGUAAUGAAACUGUUACUUACGGUAGUUAUGUUACUACGGUAAACAGGAAAAACAAGGACCACAGAGGACCACACUGUGACCUCACAGGGACCGCACUGUGACCACAAAGAGGACCACACUGUGACCUCACAGGGACCACACUGUGACCGCACAGGGACCACACUGUGACCUCACGGUGACCACACAGAACCUCACAGAGGUCACACAGUGACCGCACAGAGGUCACACAGGGACCACACUGACCUCACAGAGGACCACAAAGAGGACCAUACAGGGGGACACACUGUGACCACACAGGGACCGCACAGUGGUCACAAAGUGACCGCACAGGGACCACACUGUGACCGCACAGAGGUCACACAGGGACCACUCAGGGGUCAGACAGUGACCACACAAGGACCACUCAGUGGUCACUGUACCUGGCCCCGGUGUGUGUGUGUGUGUGUGUGUUAGUCUGGAACGUUCCACAGAGGACUGGUCUGUCUUUGUUCUCUCUGUGCUCCUUUGUCCUGUUCAAACAUGAUGUUUUUAGACAGAAUGACACUAGUCCUGACGGCUCUUUACUGUGGCUCUUUACUGACAGCUAUUUACUGACGGCUCUUUACUGUGGCUCUUUACUGACGGCUCUUUACUGUGGCUCUUUACUGACGGCUCUUUACUGUGGCUCUAUACUGUGGCUCUCAGGCCUAAACUCAGGUGUGUUUGAGCUGAAGCAGCGUCCUCAUAAACACAGGUAUAAUGUGUUAUUAUCUUUAUGACAUUCUGUGUUUAAGUUUAAAUAAAUCACAUUUUAUUUAUAGAAGUGAAUGUGGCUCUUUAUUUAAAAUAUAACGUUUGUUGAACCUUUGAUAAAACGACACACUCAAGGUUUUCUAAAGUUACAUCGUCUUCCUCUUUAAAGACAGACCCGCGUGUAGGCUUCUCCUUUAAAGACAGCCCCGCGUGUAGGCUUCUUCCUCUUUAAAGACAGGCCUGUGUGUAGGCUUCUCCUUUAAAGACAGCCCCGCGUGUAGGCUUCUCCUCCUUUAAAGACAGCCCCGCGUGUAGGCUUCUUCCUCUUUAAAGACAGGCCUGUGUGUAGGCUUCUUCUCCUUUAAAGACAGGCCCGCGUGUAGGCUUCUCCUUUAAAGACAGCCCCGCGUGUAGGCUUCUUCCUCUUUAAAGACAGGCCUGUGUGUAGGCUUCUUCUCCUUUAAAGACAGGCCCGCGUGUAGGCUUCUCCUCCUUUAAAGACAGCCCCGCGUGUAGGCUUCUUCCUCUUUAAAGACAGGCCCGCGUGUAGGCUUCUUCCUCUUUAAAGACAGGUCUGUGUGUAGGCUUCUUCUCCUUUAAAGACAGGCCCGUGUGUAGGCUUGUCCUCAUGUGUAGGCCUACAUUAUUAAAUCUGAGUUAUCUCUUCCUGUUGGUGAUAACACGCUGAUAUCACACUCAGACUUUUACAGCGUCUUCGUGCGGUUCAUCUGUUACACGCAGCAUUUUGAGGUAAGAGACUUUCACUCAUUCAAACGACAUCAUAUUCUGUUUUAAAUUGUUAAUCGCUAUGGCAACGGUCCUGGAUUCUCCUCCAUGUGAAGCUCAUGGACGCAGGCUCUACAGUGAACAGUCUAUGGGCCAAUCCGAGACUUAAACUGCUUUACAUUUGUUUAAAACGUAGAUAUGCACCACCCACAUCUGCUCCGACCAUAAGAGGAAGCUCAGUGACGCGCCGAGAUGCUGUGGAUGAGCAGACGAGUGCAGGGAGUCAUUUUGAACAUUUCCAAUCGAACAGGAACAGGAAGUGGUGAGCCGGCCUCAGACCUGCUCAACAUGAGGCUGCUCCGCUCAUUUGACACUGACUGUAAAUCAUCUGAGCUUUACAAACACACGUCUUUGUCAUGUGUUUGACUUAACUCCAGAGACGGGCGCGUUCUCACUGUGAGUUUAUCUGGACACACAAAAAUGACCCACAAUGGAACAACUAAAACUGAUGAACUUAAAAUAGUGAUAGUGGGAGAUGGAGGAUGUGGGAAAACCUCUCUGCUGAUGGUGUACGCCCGAGGAGACUUCCCAGAGACCUACGCUCCAUCUGUGUUUGAGAAAUACAACACCUCUGUGUCUCUGGGAGGAAAAGAGAUAAGACUGAACCUGUACGACACUGCAGGACAGGACGACUAUGACAGACUGCGGCCGCUCGCCUACCAAGAGGCCAGUGUGGUGCUGGUGUGUUUCGAUGUGACCAACCCCACGAGUCUGGAGAACGUUCUAAUAAAGUGGUUUCCAGAAGUGAAACAUUUCUGCAGAGACACUCCUCUCAUCCUCAUCGGCUGCAAGACGGACCUCAGAAAAGACAAGGAGCGAGCGAGGAAACUGCGAGCUUUGAGUCUAGAGCCCAUCUCCUACACACAGGGAGAAGAAGCCUGCAAACAAAUCAACGCUGAAGUUUAUCUCGAGUGUUCUGCAAAAUUUCAAGAAAAUGUGGAAGACAUUUUCAAAGAAGCCACGAAAAGAGCACUGGCAUUUAGACGGAAACAAAAGAACUUUAAGAAGAAGAGGAAAUGCCUCAUUUUGUGA